AUGGCUUUCAACAAGAAAUAUGCCGGUCUUCCAGAUCUCGACCCUGCUCCAGAUAUCUACGAGACCCCUGACCUGACCGAUGAAGCGUCCACAGUCCCAACCGGUACCAUACGCACAGAGUCAGAUCACGAUGACGCCGGUUUCAACUCCGAUAUCGACCGGGAGGCAGUCAAUGCCGACCAGGCGCGCGCACAUUUCAUGGGAGCUACAGUCGACGCCCGCGACACCAAUUUCUCGGACAGUAUUGCAAUGAAAAGACAAGCAUACCGCAGCAAAGAUAAGAGCCAACGCCGAAGGCGGAGACGCGAAGACGGCACCGAAGAGGUCGGAGAUUUGAGCGACAGCGAGGACGAAUCGAUUGAGCGACGGCUUACUCGUUUGCGGCGAGAGGUGGAGGAUCUGAAGAUGGAGAUGGCGAACAAGGCAGAAUCAGAAAAGACAGUGGUGGAUAGCACACCCGCCGAAACCUCCCAAGAGGGAGGAGACUUGGGUGACGGUGUAGCUGAGCUGAGCCGCGCAUUGGAUAAUCUGCACGCUUCGUCCCGGGGCGUUCCCAACGCCUCCUAUUCGGCCGCAGCUUUGCUUGCCCAGAAACUUGGACCAGAUUCAUCAGCAUCCAGCAAAGCGGGCGCUCAAAAAUCACUACAAUCCAAACCUGAUGGACCCACAGCAGCUGCUGCACAGGCAGCUCUGCCCACAGCUGGGAUUCUUUCUCAUGCGGCUGCAUUUGAGAGUCGGCUCGCCCUGCUAGAAGCAUCAAUGGGAAUAUCGAGUGCCUCCAACCCGUUCGUCGGAGACGGGUUCAAUGAGCCUGCUCUGCAGCCCGUUCUGCCCGCUCUCGACCAAUUGACCUCUCACCUCGGUGCUCUGACCGGUCUCUUGGUGGGCACCAACCCCGCAUCUGGGGCACCGAAUGCCGUGCCCGGAAUGACAACUCCACAUCUCGAAGCGCUCUCUUCUCGUGUUCGCAAGUUAACGACAGACGCCGAGGCUCUAGCCUCAGCUCGCAAACGCGCUGCCGAUACCGCCAAAUCCUCACAAACAGCUCGCGUUGCCUCCACGGGAGAUGAUGCUGCUGCCCAAGGCGCUGACGGCUCUUCCCCCGCUGUCGAUGAACACACUGCCAAGAUUCACGCUCUAUACGCUACCUUACCGACCAUCCAGUCCCUUCACCCUCUUCUUCCUAGUGUCCUAGAGCGUCUCCGCUCCCUGCGCGCCUGUCAUUCGGGCGCUGCGCAAGCGGCAGACUCGCUUAACGAGCUUGAAAAGAGACACGCAGAAAUGUCCUCGGAGAUUGAGCAGUGGCGCGAGGGCCUUGCGGCUGUUGAGGAGAAGAUGAGCCAUGGCGAGUCAGUUCUGCGGUCGAAUGUCGAGACUGUCGAGCCUUGGGUCCGCGAGCUGGAGUCUCGUAUGGCAAGGUUGGAGGGACCCCCUGGUGGUUUGUAG